ACUCUGAACAAAUUUUUACCAGCUGUAAAUGUGAAUAAUCUGAAAACUUAGCAGAAAAUGUUGACUAAUACUCAGUUAUUCAUAGAUUUUCAUGGUUGUGUUUGCUCUAGACAAGAGAGUAUGGCUCUUGAUCAUUCUAUAUUCCUGUGUUUUUGAAUGUUUCUAUACCAAUUUGCAUACAGAAUUCAGACACUAAUCCAUUGAUAUUGAUAUCUAUAACCAUGGCUUUCUACAAAGUAUAAUAUUUUCAAUUUAAGGAUAUGACUGUAGGUAACCUGCGUGUUAGCGAAAAGUUCAUUUGCAUUUUAGUGAUGAAAUCUUGAUGCAGUUUUUACAUGUACUUUGACAUUCAUGUUUUAGGCAAAUUCCCAGAUGAUCUGAGUUUCCUCUAAAAGAGAGGGCAACUAAGUGGAGCAAAAGUGACCAAAACCUGCUCUGAAAAUAUUCACAAAUUUCAUAAAAAGGUAAGGAUGAACUUUUUUAAGGGGCUUGAAUAUAUAAAUUGUCUGACAAAUGGGCAGGUUUUCAGUUGUUAUGUCUUUUCCAGCUGCAGUCUGUGAACAUGGAUCUUCGUCUGACACUCCUGUUGAUCUGUCUGUGCAGCCAAGGAGUCAUUGUAUGUCCCAGUUCUUUUAAACCACUUUUUAAGAGAAUUAUAGACCAGUUUGACCUUUUAGAUAUAUAAUGUUUGUGCUCUUUUUACCGUUUCCCUGGUGAACAGAAAGCUGAGGUUGCAGACAAUGAGUCAAUCCCUCUGGUGCCUCUCAUUCCUCUGAUGCCCAGUCAACCCAUAGAGGUGAGAGGCUAAAUUAAACACGAGUUUCAGAUAUUUUUUCAAUGUUUUGGUCGUCUAAAUUCACAGUCUGAGAAAUGUUCCCUUUUCUUAUUCUUGCCUUCAGCAACUAGAAAGUGAAACUACACCACAACCAAUCACUGUAAGCACUACAGAAGACCCUUUAUUUGCUAUUUCGCUCAAUGGGGGCUCAUCAGCGGAGGAAGACGAUAAGGGUUGUCUAUCCAUCAGCCGAAGAUCACAAUCCAGGGAGGCCGUUGCUGCUGCCAUUCAGAAAUUAGGAGUGCAGCUGCUGCAGAACCUGGAGACAACACCAGAGCAGCCAAAUAUCAUCAUAUCUCCCUUUAGCAUAGCAUUAGCACUCUCCCAACUCGCCCUAGGUAUGCAUCCUCUGCUGGAGCUUUUGCAUGACACACUACACUGCAACACUUCCUCCUACAAAUGUUUAAUCAUCUUUAAUGCAUUGUGCCAGCUUCUUCAGCAGCAGUAUUAAUAGCCACCCAGAGACUUAGAGGGACCUUGACCAUUAUUCUCCCUUCGUCUUUUACAGGUGCAGUAAAUGAGACACACGAGCUGCUGAUGCAUCACCUUCAUGAUAACAUCCUCCCCUGUUACCAUGAGUCUCUGCAUACUAUCUUAAUGUACCUCAGAAGUAACCUGCAAAUCGCCACCCGCAUCUUCUUACGCCAAGGUUACCAUCACAAAGAACUCUUGGAGAAAGUUUUAUUAUUACUUCAAGACAGCACAGCUUCUGCUUUCAGACAGCAUUUUUUUAAACUUUAAUUUUGAAUUAAGCAGUGUUUUUUCAAGGAAUUUGAGCCUGAGGGAGUGUGUUUAUCUUUUGUUUUAGGGUUCGAGCCAAAGCAAGAGUUUGUCAAUGAAUCCCGGCGGUUAUAUGACUCAGAGCCAGCAGUCUUGCAGAGUCUGGAGCAAGUAAACACUUGGGUAGAAGAGGCAACAAAUGGAAAAAUGACUGAUUUUCUGUCUGCUUUACCACCCAACCUGCUGGUCAUGCUCAUUAAUGCAGUCCAUUUCAAAGGUGAAAUGUAACAAUGCUCCUAUACUUGGCCUUUCUUUUUGAAGUCAUUCUGUUUGCUGAAUUCCCAUCACUUUUCUCCAUCAGGUGAGUGGAAAGCCCGGUUCGAUCCUCGGUUUACCUCCAGAGGUGUGUUCUACCUGGACAGCAAGAGUAUGGUUGAUGUUGAAGUGAUGGAAGAUGCCAAACAUCCCCUUAGUUUAUUUAUUGAUAAUGAACUGGAUGCUCAGGUAUUUAAACAUUUGAUCACUGAGACUUUAUUUUCUCAGGCAUAGAAUAUAAUCUCAGUAUAAAACUUAAAAUGCCUCUUUAUUACUUAGGUUGCAAGUUUCCCAUUCCAAAAGUCCAUGAGCCUCCUGGUGGUCAUGCCGAUGUCCGGUCAGAUGAACAUUUCUGCUCUUACAGCAAAGCUGAAUAUCACUGAUCUGUAUAAUCGUCUGCCAAAGCAAAGGGCCGUUCAGGUCAAAGUCCCCAAAUUCAAACUGGAGUAUGGCCAAGAGCUACAGGAUGUUUUUACCAAAUUGGGUAAGGCCUCAUGAUGUCCUGUUUUUAAAUACUAUGGUAGCUAUACUUUUUAAACUAUGAAUAUAGAUUUAACUUAUUUGUGCAAAAGAAAAAACUGACCCUGUCAACUCUGCUCUUGACUCAGGGCUCGGAGAGAUGUUUUCCAGCCCUAACUUGGCUGAUAUGGCAGACGGCCCCCUGCUGGUGUCCAGUGUGAUGCACAAGUCCAGUAUGGAGAUAAAUGAGGAGGGUGCGGAGGCAGCAGCUGCUACUACAGUUGUGAUCUCAAGGGCAUCCAACCCUGUUUUCCACCUCACCCAGCCUUUCUUCUUUGCACUCAUGGAUGAAAAGACUCAGGUGCCGAUCUUCAUGGGUGUCAUCAACAACCCAAAUCCUGGCGCCCCUGUCUUGGAGAGAGGAGACCCUGGAAACAAAGAUAAAGUGGGAUUCCCGAUUGAUAAGAAUCAUGUUGGCACAUUUGGAGGCCCACCAAAGUAGGGACAAUUAUCUGCUUUGUGGCACCAGAGAAACCCCAGACCAAGACCUCUUCUGCUGUAAAGAUGAGACGCAGUAUCACAGGGACUGAAUGUGAAAAAAACAGAGGUUUCAUGUGUUUUGAUUGCCCUGCAGAAUAGAUAACCCAAGGAGGCCAACAUUCCAUGUGAAAACAAGUAUUUCUUUAAAAUAGUACAGUUUUGCAGCAUUGGAUUACACGUUUGUCGAGCAAUGCUUAAAAUUGUAAAUGUGGAAAAGAAAUAAUUCAUACCCAUGUAAGUAAUCUUAAAGUUUGUUUGCUUUACUCUAAAGUCAGGGAAAUAAAUGGAUUUGAAUCAAAUUGUGUUGUGGUUAAGAGUUUGAUUGCCUCCAUGAAUGAAAAAAUGUCAUUGCAAUCUUAAUGCCAACUGGUGCAUUCAAGGUACUUGGUAAAGAGAGCACUCAGAUAAAAUGUGAAGGAACUGUAGUCAAAAACUUUGCAGAUGGCAUGUCUUUAUUAAAGUGCAAGCCUUUUGCUGUUAGAUUUAGUUGAAAUUCAAUAUUUCUUUGGAAAUAAUUGGAAUUUGAGGUUAUGUACAAUUACUUUUGUAAGUCACUGGUUAGGUCCAUGAGUAGUUAAGGUCAUUUACUCAUUGUUUGUAGGGAUGGGAAUCAAACCGGUUUCAAAUAGUUCAAUCCAUCAACAUCAUUUACAUUUUAUCUUAACAAUUCCCUUAACGAUUCCUUUCUUCUUGGUGCCUUGUAAAACGGUCUUGUGAGAGCCAGUCUACGCAAACGAGAACAGAGACUUUGAGGGAAGAAAAAUAUGACGAAUGGUACGAAAAGUACGCAGAAACAAUCUAUUGUGGCUUCAUUUUACUAAGAAAGACGACAACAGGUUUUGUAUGGAAGUUUUGAGUUUGUGUACUGUGGACUUACUGAGGUAAAAGCACAUGAAAGCACGUUAAAGAAUUGAAUCGAUAAGCACAAUCGAUAAAGGCAUUGAUAUAAAUAAAAUCUUAUCAAUUCCCA